AUGGCGCCCUCGGCAGCAGCAGGCUGCGGGGCGGCGGCACGUCCACGCCCGCGCCGCCGCCCGCAGCAGCCGGCGGCACGCUGGGUCGCCGCGCCGCCGCUCCCGCGCCAGCACGGCCACCACCCCAUCGCCGCGCCGUCGCUGCCCGGGCCGGCCGCGGAGCGGGCGCCCGAGGUCACCGGCAGCGCGCCGUCGCCCGCCGCCGACACCGCCGCCUCGCACGUCGAGCUGCAGCCUCCCGAGGGCGGCGCCGCCAUCCACCUGUUUGGCGUGAUCCACGGCGGCAACGAGAGCGAGGUGGCUGAGUUCAUCAUGAGGCGGCACCCGCAGCUUGUGGUGGUGGAGACGUCGCUCAACACCGCCCACGGCUCCGCCCACGGCAACACCAUCCGCCGCCAGGACUGCCUCACCUUUGCCCACGCCGCGGCGCCCGGCAGCCACGAGCAGCUCGACCUAGAUCAGGCGUACGGCGCCAUGAGCGCCGGCAACUAUGCAGACCUGGUGCGCCAGGCGGCGCCGCACCACCGCGCGCUCGCCUCCGCCAACGCCACAGAGGCGGCGCUGCUGGGGGAGCGGGACGCGGUCAUGCUGUCGGCGCUGCACGACGCCAGCAUGCAGUGCGGCCCCGGCGGCGGCGUGGUGGGCGUGGUGGGCGCCAGCCACCUGGCGGGCAUGCAGCGGCUGUGGGACAGCGGCGGCUGGCGGGGCAUGGUGGCGCAGGGGCUGCUGGAGGCGCCCACGGGGCCCCGCACGCCAGAGACGGCAGAGGAGACGGGAGUGAGGCGUGCGCUGCUGGACGGCGUGAUACGCCUGAGCUGCCGCAAUGACGUGCAGCAGGAUGUGCGGCGCGUGCUGGGUGCGGUGCCUCCCGAGAGCCACGAGGCGUACAGCCUGGCGCACGAGCUGUACGGCACCACCCGCAUGCUGCUGGCUGUGCUGGACAGGCAGCAGCUGGAGGAGGUGUGCCAGGGCUGGCGGUGCGACAUGUGGGAGGUGCUGGCCCCCGUGCGCGCGGUGCGCCCGCUCAACGGCGGCCCCGGCUUCGACAGAGACCUGGUGCUGGAUCUGCGCACCCUCAACUUUGAGAUUGGGUGAUGCUGGAGGGGGAUGCUAUCCCGCACAGCAUCAUUAUGCUGGCCGGCCGAAGCCCCGCGCUUUCCUGCCAUGCUGGUAGUUAGCUGCGUGUGCAACGCGCCGCCCGCCUCUCUGCCCAAUUGUUUUACCCGC